GAUUGAUGUUUUGACAUCACCAAUAGACGUUGUUUUUAUGUUGAAUUGAUGAGAAAACUAAAACAUAGAAUUGUAGGAAUUUUUGUUUAUGGGACAUGCCAGCUGCAGAAAGAUUUCACAAUAAGCCUAUGAUAUGGUUAAUUCGCCACGAGAAUAUACUCUUUACGCUAUGGGAGGAGGAAAGUAAAAAAGUCAACUACAGCGGCAACUAUCAAAAUAUUUAUCAAGCGAUUGCCGAAAAACUGUGUAAAGCCGGUUUACAAAUACAAUGGAAAGAUGUACGAACCAGAAUUGAGAGUGUCACCAAGAAAUACAACGAAGAGCUAAGGGAUAUUGAAGCUCUUGGACGGCCAUCUUCAUGGCGGCAUUUUGAGCGUGUUCACAAGAUUCUUGGAGUUAGCCCACAAAGCAUUGAGAGCAUCGAGAGCAAUGGAGUUGCCGCUCUGUUGGAUGAUGAACAAUACGGUCUUGAUGAUUUACCCAAUUCCGAGACGUCGUCAAUUGCUGAACCCAACGACGACAAUAAUUGCCCUGACUCAGUCUCCGCCUCCCCAUCGCCAGAAAAGAAGAGACGCAAAUUGGGAAAUGCAAGUAAAAUGACGCCUUUCGAGCUAGCGAUGCUGGAGAUUGAACGAGAUCGAACUGUUCGCUUGGAGAGCAUUGCCAUGAAUCGGCUUGAAGUAAUGAAACGAAUGGCAGCAGAAAAUGCCGAGUUUCACAAGAAACUACUUACACUCGUGAAAAGCAGAAAGUGAAGCCAGAUUUGUACAAAUUUAGUUCUAAUAUAUGCUACUAAAAUAUCUGACAAAUUCCA